AUGACGGGGAAAGCCGGGGAAGCGCUGAGCAAGCCCAAAGCCGAGACAGUGGCCAAGAGCACUUCGGGGGGCGCCCCGGGCAGGUGCACCGGGUUUGGCAUCCAGGAGAUCCUGGGCUUGAACAAGGAGCCCCCCAGCUCCCACCCGCGGGCUCCCCUCGACGGUCUGGCCCCCGGGCACUUGCUGGCUGCGCGCUCCGUGCUCAGUCCCGCAGGAGUGGGCGGUAUGGGGCUACUGGGGCCCGGGGGGCUCCCCGGUUUCUAUGCACAGCCCACCUUCCUGGAAGUGCUGUCCGACCCGCAGAGCGUCCACUUGCAGCCGCUGGGCAGAGCGUCGGGGCCGCUGGACACCAGCCAGACGGCCAGCUCGGAUUCUGAAGAUGUUUCCUCCAGCGACCGAAAAAUGUCCAAAUCGGCUUUAAAUCAGACCAAGAAACGGAAGAAGCGGCGACACAGGACAAUCUUUACCUCCUACCAGCUAGAGGAGCUGGAGAAGGCAUUCAAUGAGGCCCACUACCCAGACGUCUAUGCCCGGGAGAUGUUGGCCAUGAAAACGGAGCUCCCGGAAGACAGGAUACAGGUCUGGUUCCAGAACCGAAGAGCCAAGUGGAGGAAGCGAGAGAAGUGCUGGGGCCGGAGCAGCGUCAUGGCGGAGUACGGCCUCUACGGGGCCAUGGUGCGCCAUUCCAUCCCCCUGCCGGAGUCCAUCCUCAAGUCCGCCAAGGAUGGCAUCAUGGACUCCUGCGCCCCGUGGCUGCUGGGGAUGCACAAAAAGUCGCUGGAGGCGGCAGCCGAGUCGGGGAGGAAGCCCGAGGCGGAGCGUCAGGCCCUGCCCAAGCUCGACAAGAUAGAGCCGGAGGAGCGGGGUCCCGACGCCCCGGCCGCCAUGUCCCAGGAGGAACUGAGGGAGAACAGCAUCGCCGCGCUCCGAGCCAGAGCGCAGGAGCACAGCACCAAAGUGCUGGGGACUGUGUCCGGGCCCGACAGCCUGGCCCGGAACGGCGAGGAGCCGGAGCGGGAGGAGGCCCCGGACGAAGACAGGCCAGCGGAGAAGCUGAGUCCGCCGCAGCUCGAGGACAUGGCGUAGGCAAGGGCGCGCAGACCCCGGAGCCCCAGGA